AUGAUUGAACCCUUAAACAAAGAGUCAGAAAGUCUUAUCUCUCAUAAUUUUAUAGAUUUCGUCCCAGCGGUGCUAGACCGUUCUUUAGUUGAUUAUUGGGUAAAAAGCAAAGAUGCGGCUUCUUUCUAUAUUGCUCGUGAACUUAUUAAAGAGGAAGGAAUUUUGUGUGGAGGGUCUGCUGGAUCUAAUGUUUUGGCAGCUAUGGGGAUUGCUAAAAUGCUUGGGCCAACUUGCCGUCGUGUUGUGACUAUUGCUCCAGACAGUAUUAGGAAUUAUAUGUCAAAAUUCUUAGACGAUGAAUGGCUGAAUGCUAAAGGACACAUUUCUACUGAAAACUUUGAUUUGACAGAAAAUUUUGUUAUUGAAAAAGGAUCUAAUUAA